UUCUUUUUUUUUUUUUCAAAUUCGCCUGUGAAAGAAGGUUCUCCUCCUCUCCGCAGAGUUUCCUUUUUUCUUGGUAGUGGUAUAGAUUUAAAGAUCUUGCCUUUUUUUAUGGGUGAUGCUUGCUUUCGGGCUCAUCUUGUUUCUUGCCUUCCAUAUAGAUUGAGGAUCUGAGAUUCAGUUUUAUUUUUCCUUAGUUUUGUCGAUUUGGUUAAUUCAAGAACGUGAUUCAGCUUUGUUUUGAAAAUUGAACAUUUUGUUUCAGUAUUGGGUUUUAACCGUUGGGAGAUUUGGGUUUUUUUGGAUCUAUCGAGUGUUAUCCUGAUUUGCCUGGCUUCUGGAAUACAAUUCUUUAGUUAAUUUUUGGUUAAUGAUUUUACUUGAAGUGUUCUCUCAUAUUCUUUUAUAUGGUAUGAAUUAUGCUCAAAUUUUGGGGAGGUUGUUGUGUUGGUCCAGGUGGGAAAUCAAUAGAAUGGAAGGAAUCGUUGUGAGAAGAGUCAUACCCUCCGACAAUAGCUGCCUAUUCAAUGCUGUAGGGUAUGUGAUGGAUCACGACAAGCACAAAGCGCCAGAACUAAGACAGGUCAUAGCUGGAACAGUGGCGAGUGAUCCAAAAAAAUAUAAUCAAGCAUUUCUUGGAAAAUCAAAUGAAGAAUAUUGUGCCUGGAUUUUGAAUCCUGAGAGGUGGGGAGGUGCAAUUGAACUUGCAAUUCUAUCAGAAUAUUAUGGACGUGAGAUUGCAGCAUAUGAUAUCCAGACCAGCCGUUGUGAUUUGUAUGGCCAGGAUAGGAAUUAUCAAGAGAGGGUUAUGCUUAUUUAUGAUGGCCUGCAUUAUGAUGCAUUAGCUAUGUCUCCAUUUGAAGGAGCACCGGAAGAGUUUGAUCAAACCAUUUUUACUGUUGAUAACGAUCAUUCCAUUGGGCCUGUGGAAGACCUCGCUCUUAAUCUUGUUAGGGAUGCUCAGAGGAUGAGGAAUUAUACAGACACUGCCAAUUUCACCUUGCGUUGCGGGGUGUGCCAAAUUGGUGUUGUUGGUCAACAGGAGGCUGUUGAACAUGCCCAAGCUACAGGUCACUUUAAUUUUCAGGAGUAUCAGUAAAGUAUGGAACUUUUAUAUAAAAACCAGUCUCUGUAACUGAUUCCUGCCCAUUCAUUUCAUUCCUGUGAUCUCUUAUUUGGGCCAGAGGAAAGAAAGGUUGUAUGGUUGAAUUCAUUAGAUUGAGUUUGUCAUUGUAAUAAUUAGAAGUCAUCUGGUCUUUGUUGGAAGCUUCUUUACGGGACAAAAGAAAACAAAAUAGUGCGGCAAGCAUUCCAUGUUUGAUAACAGGUGACAGGGAGUUGGUUGUAGUUUGGUUUUGGUUAAAAUGAAUCAUUUUGCUCUACUAAUUGUGAAUUAAGUCUAAUGUGUUUGAUUCGAGAAUCAAUAAUGUUUCAGAAAUGCAGUGCAUAAAUAAAAGAGUUGCUGGAUGUUUUGGUUACA